AUGUCUCCCCGCACUCAGACGCUCAGGUCAUCUACUACCAAGCGUUCUCUCCAAGGUGCUCGUGUGCCUGGAUCGGUGAAUCCGUCUAAGUCGAAGAAGACCGUUUUAUCGACUGAAGAGAAGAAGACAGCUGAAGAAAGUGCAGUAGGACUAUUGACUCCAUCUAACGGUCCAGGUCCCGUGCAAGACAUCACAAAAGGAAUGUCGGAGGAGCGCAUUCGCGAACUCCUUGUGCACCUAAUAGGUCCAAAUGGCAACGCGGAUCAAUUACGUGCGCUCCAGUGUGAUACGGUCGGGAAUAAGACUCCCGAGAGGGAAUCUCGGGCAAGUAACGCAUCCCCGGAGUUGCCUCCGACUCCUGCAUCUACCAAGCGAGAAACAAUCUCCGUUGCAGGCUCGCAGAAUACAGCGUCUGGGAGUACACGAAAUCUUUCGAGUGAUGAUACGCAAGAAGAUAAAUCUAUCAAGGCUUCGGAUAAGCUUGAUAUAUUGUCAAAUCAAACGGAAGAUAGAACCGCUGAGUGCGAAGUAUGGAAAGAAUACCACGACUGUGGUCUCUUAUCGCCGGAGUUGGAGAUGUCUGUCCGCAAUCUACCUCCUCUCAGAUACAAAAUCAAGGAUCCCGAAGAUCCUGGGUUGAUGCUUUUCAAGGAUUUCAAGAAUUGGAAUGUAGAUCUCGAGUACAGAUAUGAUUCCUUGUCUUGUACCUCGAUUUCAACCACCUCAGUCACCGGUAGAAUGGUACCUUAUUAG